AUGGAUAAGGGCCUCUUCGCCAACGACGGCUCCUUCAUGGAGAGAUUCAAGCAGAUGCAGCAGGAGAUGCAGGACAAGGAGAAGCCCGCAGCCCCCGCCACCACCGCUGGUGCUGUCUCCUCUGCGCCGGCCAAGCCUGUCAACCCUAAGACGCCCCUUGUCAUUGCGGCAAACAAGAGGCCGCUCGAGGUGAAGAAGGCUGGCUCGGUUUUGUCGGGCGGGAAGCUGGCCUUUAGCCUCAAGAAGAACAAGAUCCCCAUUGUGCCUGUCAAGUUUGGAGCCGAGGAGGACGACGACGAUGACGUUGCCGGUGUGGAGAGGGGGGAUCAUGCGAAGCGGCACAAAUCCAUUGAUGCUCACUCAGCUGCUGCCCCAGCUAGGGUUGUUGCCUCAGCACCACCAAAUGAUAUGACAGUGAGGCAGGUUGCUGACAAAUUAGCAAGCUUUGUUGCCAAAAAUGGGAGACAGUUUGAGGAUAUUACACGCCAGAAGAAUCCUGGAGAUUCACCAUUCAAGUUUCUGUUUGAUAAAAACUGUUCAGACUACAAAUAUUAUGAGACUCGGCUUGCUGAAGAGGAAAAGGUGCAUGCUCAGACAAAGGAUGCUCAGGCUUCAAAAAUUGUUAAUUCAAGCACUGCAAGCUCCAUAGCACAUACUGGUGCACACAGAAGCUCAUUUGAACAAAGAUCUAACUAUCAAACGCCUGCUUCCGCUUUAUAUGGUGCAUAUGAAGGUAGUUCUUCCCAGGGAAGCUCAUCUGGUCAUGGUGGUCAAAGUAUGUCUGCACCCUCAGAUCCAGUAGCAUUGAUGGAAUUCUACAUGAAGAAAGCUGCACAGGAAGAACGGAAGAGACCACCAAGGCAGUCAAAAGACGAAAUGCCACCACCUCCAUGCCUUAUUCAGGGUCCUCCUAAGAAGGGACACCACAUGGGGGACUUCAUUCCUCAAGAAGAACUCGAGAAGUUCAUGGCACGCUGUAAUGAUGCUGCAGCACAAAAGGCUACCAAAGAAGCUGCAGAGAAGGCUAAGAUUCAGGCCGAUAAUAUUGGGCACAAGCUUCUCUCUAAGAUGGGCUGGAGGGAAGGUGAGGGUCUUGGCAGCGAGAGAAGUGGCCGUGCAGAUCCCAUUAUGGCUGGAGAUGUGAAGCAGGACCACCUUGGUGUUGGUGCUAUCCAACCUGGUGAGGUGUCAUCUGAAGAUGACAUCUACGAGCAAUACAAGAAGCGAAUGAUGCUAGGCUACCGCCAUAGGCCAAACCCACUGAACAACCCAAGGAAACAAUACUACUGA